UCCUGGCGCUCUGUGAUGACGCAAUGCCCCUUGAUUGGCUCUGCCUCGGAGGCGGUGGUUUAGGGGGCCGAGAAUUCUGCAAGCCGGACACGUGGUAGCCAACCGCGAGGAGUUGAGGGGGAUUUCCACCCUAGAAAAGUUGGGCGGUUUGCAGUACUUAGAAGAGGAAUCCCUUAGGAUGAAGCUGAGUCUUACCAAGGUGGUUAAUGGCUGUCGCCUAGGAAAAAUAAAAAACCUAGGCAAAACAGGGGACCACACCAUGGACAUUCCAGGCUGCCUUCUGUACACCAAGACUGGCUCUGCCCCACACCUGACGCAUCACACACUGAAUAAAAUCCACGGGGUUCCUGCUAUGGCUCAGCUUACACUGUCAUCACUGGCAGAACAUCAUGAAGUUUUGGCAGAAUAUAAGGAAGGAGUUGGAAAGUUUAUAGGCAUGCCGGAAUCGCUCUUGUACUGUUCCCUGCAUGAUCCAGUCAGCCCCUGCCCAGCAGGUUAUGUAACAAAUAAGUCAGUAUCUGUGUGGGGUGUUGGAGGACGAGUGGAAAUGACUACCUCCAAGUUCAUGGCGAUUCAGCAGGCCCUUCAGCCAGACUGGUUCCAGUGCCUUUCAGAUGGAGAGGCAACUUGUGACGAAGCAACUUCCAUAAAAAGAGCCAGGAAGUCUGUUGACCGAUCACUUCUCUUCCUGGAUAAUUGUCUGAAGCUACAGGAAGAGUCAGAGGUCCUUCAGAAAAGUACCAUCAUUGGAGUGAUUGAAGGUGGAGAUGUGAUGGAGGAGAGGCUGAGGUCAGCACGAGAGACAGCCAAGCGGCCUGUAGGUGGCUUCCUUCUGGAUGGCUUUCAAGGGAAUCCAGCAACCCUGGAGACUAGGCUGCACUUGCUGUCAUCAGUCACUGCAGAGCUGCCAGAAGACAAACCAAGGCUCAUCAGUGGUGUUAGCCGGCCAGAUGAGGUGCUUGAGUGUAUUGAAAGAGGAGUGGACUUAUUUGAGAGUUUUUUCCCUUAUCAAGUGACAGAGCGGGGAUGUGCCCUGACUUUCAGCUUUGAUUACCAGCCGAAUCCUGAAGAGACAUUAUUGCAACAAAAUGGGACACAGGAAGAAAUAAAAUGUGUGGAUCAAACAAAGAAAAUUAAAACAACCAGCUGCAACCAAGAAAUGACAUCAUUUGAAAUUAAUCUGAAGGAGAAAAAGUACCAGGAGGACUUCGAUCCACUCGUGAGAGGGUGUUCCUGUUACUGCUGCAAGAAUCAUACUCGUGCGUACAUCCACCAUCUGCUCGUGACCAACGAGCUGUUGGCUGGGGUCCUGCUUAUGAUGCACAACUUUGAACACUACUUUGGGUUUUUCCACUCCAUCCGGGAAGCACUAAAAAGUGACCACCUGGCACAGCUGAAAGAGCUUAUCCACAGGCAAGCAUCUUGAGACCUGGCAUGCACAGUGACUCUUCACGGGGAGCCUGUACCACGGUGUAAGAGGGAAGAGGAGAGCAAGAAGGGAUCCGUGUUUCAGUCACUUUAUUUGAGAAUAAAGUCUGCUCAGAUGAGGAACAUCUGUACCCAACUCUGUCCAUGUGAGGCAAAAGAGACUUCUUAAGACUGAAACAACCUAGAUUGAUCAUAAAGAAUUGAAACAUGACCUUUAGUAUUUCUAUGCUAACACUCUUAGUCAGUAGAGAUCAGUUUAGUCAAAGAUAAAAGCUUUAGAUGUGAAGGGACAUCCUUGAAGUGGACUGAUGAGAAUCUGAGGUUCCCAAGCUGGAUUGGAGCUUCAAGGGAGAUGAUUGGUGGUGAGCAGCGUGACCUCUGUGGGUGCAUGCCUAUUGAUGGAGAAGGGAUCUGGCUGAUUCAAGAGUUUUCUUCUUUUUCAUCUUUAUCUUCUCAGGGGCCUCUUUUGGACACUUCUGCCUGCCUUCCAAGCUGUCCCGGCAGUGCAGUCAACCAGAAAUGACUCUUGUGACUUAACCAGGCUCACAUUUCCAUGGAAUGUGGAGCUCGCACAUUGCUCCAGUGAUCGCUUGGCCCAGGGCACACUCUUCAUUCGACCAUAUGGUCUUUCUGUGACUUCUCUCCCCAGAGUCAAAGCAAUUGCCUAUUAGGAGCUCAGAGUGUGCCAAGCUGCUUUCACCUGAUCAUACAGAUCUACUGUGGUCUGCUCUUCAGGCUCAUUAAAAGUCGAAUCACGUAAUAACUGGAGCUCCAUCACUUGGGGAUAUUUUAGUCACCAUGUGUUCACUUGGACGGAGCCCUGGCCUGGCAGGACUGGGUUGCAGUUCAACUCAGCUAUGACACUUGGGCAAAUCAUAUAACUUCUCCAUGCCUGUUUCUUUCUGAAUAAAUGGGGACAGGCAUAGUAGAUAGAGCUAAAGGACAUGUUAAGAUUCCUUGUAGCUCUAACAUUUGGGGAACAAAAAAUGUUUGGCCUUUGGAUUUUAAAGUAGUUGGUAAAUUGGCGUUAGCAGGUCCUAAGGCUGGGAAGACCUUCCCUGAUCAACUCUGAUUCUAUGAAUUUUCUCCGCUCUUGUCAGAAGAGUGGCACUUAUGUUGAUGGUGUGACAGGUUUCUUUGUGCUUUUCUAUGUUUGUCGAGUUUUCUGGAAGAAUGCAGAUACAAACAUGUACACACAUAGUUUUUAUAAAAACAACAGAACCAAAAAGAUGCCUUUGUUUUGUUCAUAGGAGUCUAAAAUGUAUUUGUUUUACAUUCUUGUGAUAUAUUUUUCUGUUUAUUUUAGUGGGCAUUACUGAACAUUGUUUUUUAUUAUUAUGUGGUUACUAUAUUUUUAUGUAUUGGAUGCCCAUCUAUAUGGCUUUCUUUUAUUAGUGGUUUAGGAAUGUCCAUGAAUUCCAAAAUUAAUGAAUUCUGGAAUUCAUGGAUAUUUCUAUAACCCCUCCUCCAGUGAAUGGCAAGGGUACUUAUGAGUUUCUCUUCUCAAGAAUCUGAUUGUUUUUGAAACAUUGGAUUGGACUUGUUCAUAUGUUUAUAUUCCUAUUCAAUGCCAAAUCCAUUGUUGGAGGAGUAUUAAUAAAUAUCCUAGAAUCCAUAUAAAAUUUAUGAGUUUUGUGUUUAAAACACUGAAAAUUCUGUCCAACAUUGUCCAUUUUCUGGGUCUUUUUCUUAUUAGCACAUUAGAAAAAAUGUUUCUCUCCUUUAAUAUAAAUCUAUUAAGGUCAAUAGCCAAUAAACAUUUUUAAUUAAAAAAAUA